AUGCAAGAACCCGCCGACGGCUCAAAGCCCGCGCCGCAGCUCAAGCUGGAACGCGCCGCUGGCCUGUCGCCGACCUCGCUGGCAACGGCCACUGCUGGCCAAAAGAUCGACAUGGCGACGCCGAUACAAAGGCCGGCGACCGCUGGCCGCAAAUGGAACACCAAGAAUCUCGGCUGGCGUCUCGGCGCAGAUGCCGUCAGUGCCGGCGCGGCCGCCUCCAUGGUUGCCCCGCUGAUAUCUAUCAUCGACAGGUCCAUCAUGGAGAACGCGUCGGGCCGGCGGUCUCUGGCGGACUCGAUCAAGAGCUCGCUGCUCAACCUGGUGCUGCGGCCGCACACCAUCGUGCUCGCGCGGCCCUUCGCCCUCAUCUGUAUGGUCUACGGCGGCACGUACCUGACGGCCAACGCGCUCGACACGGCCACGUCGACGGUGCGCGGCGGGCCCGCCACGCUCGUGACGAGCGGCACGGCAAAGUUCGCCGCCUCGUCCACGGCCAACACGGGGCUGGGCAUCUACAAGGACCAGGUGUUUGCGCGCAUGUUCGGCCCGCCGGGGGCCACGCCAAGGCCCGUGCCGCUACCGUCGUACCUGCUCUUCACCGCGCGCGACUGCCUCACCAUCUUCGCCUCCUUCAACGUGCCAGUCCUGCUGGCCCCUUGGCUCGACGCUCGCCUGCCGACUGAGGCCCGCCGCAGGUUCACGGGCCAGACGCUGGCCCAGUUUGCGGCGCCCGCGGCGGCCCAGAUCCUGACCACCCCGAUGCACCUGCUCGGCCUCGACCUCUACAACCGCCCGCGCUACUGCGCCGCCUGCCCCGCCGCCGCCGCGAGCCCCACCGCCGCCGAGCGCUGGGGCCUCGUCCGGAGCAACUGGGCCAUCAGCGUUGCCGCCCGCGUGUGCAGGAUCGUGCCGGCCUUUGGCGUCGGCGGCGUCGUCAACUACAAGGUCCGCCGGCACUUUAUGGACAAGCUGGUAUAG